AUGCUGCUCACCCUGUCCAGCCUCCCGCCAGCGCCCAAGGACGGGAGCCUCCAGGCGGACAUGCUCAAGACGAGUCCCGCCCGGAGCUUCUUCCCCGGCCCUCAUCACCACCACCACCCGUACAUGGACCUCUUCCCCCGGACUCACGGCCUCCUUCACCCUCUCAAAUCCACCUCCGCGCUGAUGUUCAACCCUUAUCUCCAGCAGCAGCAGCAGCAGCACAUGUCAGCCGGCCCGGCGCUGCCUUACCUCGGCCACCUCGCGCCAGGACACCCGUUGUGCUCGUCCAAGCCGGAGGACCUGGCCGCAGUGGCGACGGAGCACGCCGCCGGUCCGCUCUCGCUUUCGGACUUGAGUCUGUGCAGUCCGGCCGGCGGGAACGACUGCGGGAGGUCGUCCUGCGCCUCCGCCUCGCCGGCUAAGCUGUCGCUCCGGAACCGGGCUCCGUCCCCGGAGAAGAGAGGUCGCUUCAACUUCAGCGAGGACGACUUGUUCGCCGUCUUGUACGGAUACUCGGCGGGCCCCGGACGAGGCCACGCUAUAUCCGGGGUGAACCUGCCUGACAAACCAGAUUGCAACAUCCUCCCGCUGGACAUGGACGCUCUGGACCUCCCUGCGGGUCUGAGCAUCGUGCAGGCGUGCUGGGGCAGCGUGUCUCACUACGGCGUGUUCACCGACGCCAAGAGCAGCGUUCCCAAAGGCACGCGCUUCGGACCCUUCCUGGGCAAGCUGGUCAACACCAGCGAGAUGAAAACCUACGACGACAACACGCUCAUGUGGGAGGUGUUCGAGAACGGCCGCCUGAGCCACUUUGUGGACGGGCGGGGCGGCUCGGGCAACUGGAUGUCGCUGGUCAAGUGCGCCCGCUUCGCCAACGAGCAGAACCUGGCGGCGGUGCAGGUCAAGGGUCAGAUCUUCUACGAGGCCUGCAAGGAGAUCAGAGGCGAGCAGGAGCUCUUGGUCUGGUACGGGGACGGCUACGUGCAGUUUUUGGGCAUCCCGCUUGCCCUUAGGGGUCACGAGAUGAAUGACACCCUACCUGCCGCUGAAGAUGCCGGCGAGGGCUUCAAGUGCGACCGGUGCGGCAAGGUGUUCGCCUACAAGUACUACCGGGACAAGCACCUGAAGUACACGCGCUGCGUGGACCGGGGCGACCGCAAGUUCCCCUGCCACCUGUGCAGCCGCUCCUUCGAGAAGAGGGAUCGCCUGCGCAUACACAUCCUGCACGUGCACGAGAAGCACCGGCCACACAAGUGCACAGUUUGUGGAAAGAGUUUUUCUCAGUCGUCCAGCCUCAACAAACACAUGCGAGUCCACUCGGGAGAACGUCCCUACAAGUGUGUCUACUGCAACAAGGCCUUCACUGCUUCCAGCAUUCUGCGCACGCAUAUCCGCCAGCACUCUGGAGAGCGGCCGUUCAAGUGCAAGCACUGCGGCAAGGCCUUCGCCUCCCACGCGGCGCACGACAGCCACGUCCGGCGGACCCACGCCCGCGACAAGCCGUUCCCCUGCGACCUGUGUGGGGCUUCCUUCCAGGAGGAGCACGAACUCAAGUACCACGCCAAAAGUCAUAAAAACAGGCAAAUCUUGGACAGCGCAAUUCUCACUCCAGGAAAUGGACCCGUGGAAGAAUCCAUUUUGGAAGACAAUCCAAAAAGCCAAAGAAACGUCGACAUCAAUUUCCAACCUUACACUGGAAUAACCCUUCUAAAUCCCGAAUAUCGUCCCUGGAACUAAAAGCCAAACAACUUUAUUGUCCCAUUUAUACUCUUUAAAAAGUGAAGUGUUUCUUUUUAGGUAGUUUUAAAUGGUAACUGUUGAAGAAAAUUGUGCUGUACAGGCUUAUUUAAUGAGGCACACGAUAAUUCAAAUGAUCAUGAAAACGUGUCAAAUUUAUAUCAAUGUGAUUUGUGCUGUGAAUUGUGAUUAUUAUUAUUUUAUUA